AUGUCUGGCCAUGCACCUGCGGGUCCCACUUCCCACAGUCACUCACUACCGUGCACUGGUCCACCAGCCCGCUUUCCCCAACAACUCCCGCUACCGGUACGCUCCCAUGAGCGCCAAGUCACCGAUAGCCACCAACUGGGUGACUCCCUUUGGGAGUCCCAGUAUCCCACGCUACCGGUACGCUCCAUUGAGUGCCAAGUCACCGCUAGCCAACUGCUCCCAGCACACCCGCUACCGGCACGCUCCCAGGAGCGCCAAGUUACCGUUGGCCAACCCACAGGUUACACUGCCAGACACUCAUCCCAUUCCGCUCUCCCUCCGAUGGCUACGCAGCCACCUCCAUUAUAUUGCAUGUCUAACAAGCAUGACUAUGGGCAACAAAUAGUCAACUUUCUCGAGGUUCAAGAGAAGGUCACACAGGAGUUGGAGCAAUUGCUGCCAUGCACAGAAGGAGAUGGCGAGGAGAGUGGUGAUCCAGUGUCAGGGUUGGCUCCAGAACCCUGUGAGGGAACAUCCCUUGCUGAGCGUUUUCCACUUUCACGUGCCAUUCUAGCCGACAGUGGGGUUAAGGUUGCGUUAGAGCCACAUUCUAAGUGUAUUCCAAUUUCCAAGGCCUCAGAAUUGUGCGGGGUGCCUGACUUUGUUUCUGCUAUACGUCGGAUGUUGGAUAGUGGAGCUGAUGGAUCUCAGAACGGGCCCCAAUGGAUAUACAAUGACUUGUCCGUUCCGGAGUCGUAUGGGUUCAUUGAUAUUUGGUAUUCAUUUCGACAGAUAGUCCCACCUUAUGACGAGUUUGCAGAGGGUUCUGUGCCUGAGACACCGGCAGCGAUCCGUCCAUUCCCAGAAUCGGGAAUGCUGACCCCCGGAAUAUCUGUAAAUGCACCCUCCCUCUCGUACUUGGAGCUGGUGAAGGUUAAGUUCAGUGACCAACUGGAUGUCUAUAAUCAGUUUCUCGAUAUCAUGAAGGAUUUUAAAAGUCAGUUAGCCUCAACCCUUUUUACCGGCCACCCAUCUCUGAUUCAAGGCUUCAAUGCAUUUCUCCCCACUGGUUACCCCAUUGAAUGUCCCCAGGAUGGGCAAGACACCAACGUCAUUGUUACUACACCUACUGGUACCACCAUGACCACUGCUGGUUCUGAACCAGAAGCCAAGUUGGAAUGCUCGGACCCAUCCACGUCAUCUGCAAGGUUCAUGCACUUUCAAAGACUUGUUAUUGUGCAUGGUGCUGGGAAAACUGUCCAGGACAUGCAGAAGAACGCAACUUGUCUAUUGCUUAUGUUAUCCGUAUGCUUUCUAUCAGCUUCAUCCCAGACUAUGAACUUGACCCCAGAUUCUGAUGCAGAGCCUAGGCUCACCAUUGCCACUUUUUCUCUGGGGAUUGAAAUUGAAGUUGAGACAAUCUAUCGGAGAAUGUAUGUUGGUGACAUCUCUGUCGAUCAGGCCAUUGGCAUGCUGCAUGAGUCAAAAACUCCAAUCCAAAGGAAUGGAUGUACGCUUCACUCGCUAUUUGACAGGUAUAAGUUCUUCCAAUCAUCUUCUCCAGCCUGGGGGCUCGUAAUGAUGGGGUAUCUCUUCGGGUCGAUUAGUCCCAUUGAUUUCAUCCUUCUCAUUGAGAUGUCUGAAGCUCACCCGACUCCAAUCUCUCCACGUUUGGCAUCAAAGCCCUUAUUCCCUUCGAGUCCAGGUUACCUAUCCCUCUUUGCAAUACACUUCUCCGGAUACCUCACUUUCAAUUGGCUCGCCCAGUGA